GGCGUGGCACGACAAAGUACCGCUAUGAGAGCUGUCGGUGUUUUGCUGUGCUUUUCUGUGUUUACGGGAGUCUUCAUGGAGGAUAAAGAAGCCCCACGUUUUCAAGCAUGUCUCGGGCUUGAGGUGUAUGAGGGGGCGGAGUCUGUCAUGCUGCCCUGUCAGGUACCAGAGGAUGUUUACCGGGACGCCACUGCAGUGGUUUGGGAUCGCAAGGACCUCAGCAUCCCAACAGUCCAUCUGCGUCUGCAGAGCGGGGAUGAUCUCACGAAACAGAAUGUUAUUUACUUCAACCGAACAUCGAUGAGAGCCGACGCUCUGCAGACUGGAGACCUCAGCCUCACUCUGAGGAACCCCAUAGUCAAUGACACCGGCACCUACACCUGCACCACCCGAAGAUAUGGACAAGAUCAGAGCAAGACCCAUUUGCAACUGAAGGUGGCAGAACGUCCUCCUCCUGGUCCCACUCCUCCUCCAGUCUGGCCCAAAGUUGUCUCGGGUGUCCUGGUUCCUGUGGUUCUCCUGGCUGUUGGCUUUGGUGUCUUCAUGUAUUUUAGAUAUAAAAAGUUAAAGAACAAAGAAGUCGUUCAGGUCACAGCAGAACCAGGUGAUGAGUCCGUUGUGCUGACCUGCAGAAGCACAGUUCAGCCCCUGCCUGAUGGUGCUAAAGUGGAGUGGAAGGACAGAAAUGAGAGGAAGGUCCAUGUAUAUCAGAAAGACUCUGAGCAGGCUGAAAAACUGCACAGACGUUACAGAAACCGAACAGAGAUGAAGAAAGACCCGCAGAAGACUGGAGACCUCAGUCUGACCCUGAAAUACCCCACAAACACAGACAGAGACACCUACACCUGCACCGUCUACGGCAGGGAGGGAAAAGAACUGAUGGAGAAACAGGUGGAGCUGAAAAUCAAAGAGUGUCAGGUGGAGGUGGUGGAGGGGGUGGAGUCUGUCCUGCUGCCCUUCAAAACCACAGAAAACCUGCCUGGAGACAGUGAUGUGGAGUGGAAACGGCAUGAACCCGAAUACAUGAAGGUCUAUGUGUAUGAGAACGGCUCUGACCGGCCUGACAAACAGGACGACCAUUACAGAGGUCGCACUGAGAUGAACACUGACCUGCUGAACACUGGAGACCUCAGUCUGACCCUGGGACACCCCACAGUGGGAGAUAGUGGGAGAUACGCCUGUGAGGUCAACAGCAAGGGGGCCUGGAGAUACAAGAGGGUGUGGCUCACAGUUAAAGGGAGAGAUCAGGUCCAGGAUCAAGCCGAGGACAACAACACUAUUGAAAUGACUCCUCUGAUGGACCAACAAUCAGCUUAAUCUGACUGGUCUGUGAGUCAGAGGGAAAACACCAGUAAUGGACUGAAGGGGAUGAAGAGGGAACGAUGCUGAGUUCCUCCACGUUCUGUGAGGAUGUUUUCUGAGCUGUUCACACACCUGAACCCUGCAGUGACCGUAGCUCAGCUCACUCAUGUAGCAUCAGCUGUUUGAUUUGUUUACCACAUUACCUUAGCACAAACAACACUCAUGAUGUGCAUUUUAUUGUUACUUUAUAGUUUACUUACCCAUAAUGCCCUGGUGUUCAGGUCUCAGCUGUGAUCUGGGUGCUGUUCAGCUGAUGUUUUGACCUCAUGUCUGCACGUUCUGAGCAGGUAGAUUACAGAGCUCCUACAUGUGUGAGGCUUUAGUGUUGGCUGUGUCUGUAAAACUGCACAAAAUAUAAGACAACUAACACUUUAAUAUACAUGUAGCUAAUGAAGUGUACAAAGAAAAAGAACAGAAUGUUUUUGUAAAAUGCUGCUGAAGAGAAAAGAAAUAAACUCCAUCAUCUGUCGCUUUCUGAUGUAUGAAUCAGGUUUGGGUGGAGGGCAUAGAAGAAACUAAUCCUCAGUAAUCUGGGGGAUUACACAGCAUAUUCAGAUUCUGAAUAUGCUGUGGGUGUGGAUGUAGAGAUUGUAGCUCUGAGCUCACGCUGGCUGAUAACGUCUCACCUUCCAAGACUGCUGGCUAACAGCUAACGCUGCAUGAACUCCUGCACAUGGUGAUGUGACGGUGCUGCUGUCCGUGUCCAUCCCGUAAUGACCUCAGUGCAUCAUCCUGUGAUGUUUCCAGCAGGAAAACAAAGCUCAGAUCAGGCAUGACGAUGAGUUCACUGUACUCAGAUGCCUCCACAGUCACAGAUCUCGGUCCAGCAGAGCAUCUUUGGUAGAGUGACAUCCUCUGAGGAUGUUUCCAGGACUGUGAUGAAUCUGUGCCAUUAACAAGCAAGGGAACAGGGCACCGGCAUGGUGUACCUAAUAAAGUGGCCAUCGAGAAUGUGUUUACGCGAUGUCUCCAUCUCAAGUGUCUCCAGCAGGGGGAGCCGUCUGAUCCUUUAUUGUCACAGUGACGUGUCAAAGCGUACACACUCAUGGCCACUUUAUUAGGCACACCUGUUCCACUCCAUGGCAGCAGCUAUGUGCUUGUGUACCUAAUAAAGUGGCCUUGUGUGUGUAUUUACUUGUGCAAAUAAGAGUUCAACGUGCUUUAAAGUUCUGUGAGAUACAGAACCCACAGUCACAGGAAAGGAGCCGAGUGUCUGACACUGUUUGGUUUUACAGAUGAGAGAGAGCACAGAGGGAGAACAUUGUAGUGAAUCUGUGAAGUCAACAUCGAGGCCCCACUGAGAUGAAAGAAGAGCCACUGACAACCACAGACCUCAGUCUGACCCUGAAACACCCCCAUCCCAACCACAGUGGUGUCUACAUCCUUAGACAGAGAAAACUGACUCUGUCAGAGGUCAGUAAACACAUCACAGAGGUCAUUGAGAGGCAGUGCAUGAUGGGAAGAUGAGUGACACAGACUAGAAGCUCUCUCACUGUCAUCUGCUGUGAAAUCACCUCAGCUUGUGUUCCCCGUCCAACAGCACACAUUUACUCUGACACUGAAAGUGAAACUGGGCAGAUGUCAGACUGAUACUACACAUUUCUUUUAAAGGCUGGUGUUUUCUGUAUUAACCGCUGUGGUCAUGUGGUUCAGCGGGGUCAUUUCAUUUCAAUUCAAUUUUAUUUAUAUAACGCCAAAUCACAACAACCGGUUGGGGUGAGAGAAGGAAGACAGGAUAAAGACAUGCUGUGGAAGAGAGACAGAGAUUAAUAAUAAGUGUGAUUCAUUGCAGAGAGAGUCGUGUUCUCCGAGCUGAGACUGUCUCUGGUUUGUCUCCUCUGCUCAAAGCUGCAAACUCCUCAGAGCAGCUCUAAAGCUUCAGAGAGAAGAAGCACUCUAAGAACCCCUAAGGUGGUGUGAAACAUUCACAGCUGGAUGUUUUUAAGUGACUCUUUCACUGACAUCAACACAUGUGAGGUUAACUAUAAAUCUCAGGAGAUGUGUUCUCACUCCUGAGAUGUGUUUACUCCUGUUUAUGGCUGUCACUGACUGAGCCUCUGUAAUAAACCUCAAAGGUCUCCAUGUGUAAAGAAGUCUUUGUGCUGCAGUGAAUCUGACCCUUAAUGUUCUUCUUUAAACGUCAAACAUGUAUAAUAAAGAAAGCUUGUUUAUAUGACCUCCAUAAAAACAUCUGGGUCACAGCAGGUUGAGGUGCCGUCCAUCUCUGAACACUGUAGUUUGAACAUUCAUUAUCAAUGAAAGCUGUUCCUUUGUAAUCCUCCAAACCACCUUUCUAUGACCUCGAUGAGAUCAUCAAGGUCAUCAAGGAAAGGUGGGAUAGGCUGUUGUAGUUUUAUAACUGUGAUGUGUGUGUGGUUGUAAUUAUGCAUACAGGUCUAUGCUGUAGAUUAAACUGGUCCUUAUACCUGAAUUGGCUGUGUACCCCUCACUAAGCUAAUUAAUGAUGUAAGGAUGACUCAUGUGGAGCUGUUUUGCAUAUUUUAAUUUUUUUGAGCAUUUAUUAAAAAGCAAUAAA